AUGAUUUGCGUGGGGGGCUUUGUUCUCAACCAACCAGUUAUUGAAGGGGUGAGGAGCAUCCAGGCGUGGUGGCUUGGCAAUAAGUCAGCGGCGCCGUCGUUCCUUGGCUGGGAGGAUCCAUGCGGAAUGAUAGAGAAGAGCCGGCUAGGCGAACGCGCACCAUCCGAUGUGUUCCUGUGUGUGCAGAACGCUGGCGAUGUUAUGUACUUUGGCACUGGGAUGGAUCAUUCGACGUGCACCCUGAGCAACUUCAGUCUGGCUGUUGGUGCUCAGGGCCAUACCGAGACGUGGCCAGAGCUUACCAGGGCUGCAAAUCGGGGAGACCUUUCCAGAGUGAAGCGGGUGCUGCAGAUGAGCUCAAAGGGUGAACUGCCAGCAUUGCUGUCCACCACGGCCGGCAGCUAUGGACAUGCUGCAUUGCACCGGGCCGCCCUCCACGGCUUCGAGGACGUCGUGGCCACUCUUUUAGAAAAGGGCGCGGACAACAAUCUGCGAGACUUUGAGGGUUUGACUCCAUCGUUUCUGGCAGCAUUUAGCGGACAUGGUGAGGUUCUCCAAACCCUCGCGAUGCAUGGAGUGCAACUGUCGCAAGAACGAGAUAACAAGGGCGCAACUCCAUUGCAAUGGGCCGCAACUCAAGGGCACUACGCUGUCGUAGACCUGCUUCUCAAGAAACACGAGAUGCUGCAUAUCAAGGAUUUUCAUGGUGGCGGGCCCGUCUCUGCCGCGGCAACAAUGGGACAUGUGGAAGUGCUUGAAAGGCUGGUGAAGGAAAGAGCGGACUUGGAAGAGUCUGACGAGCGGGGCAUGCAGCCUUUGCACUGGGCGGCGCUGCAUGGUCACGGCCUGGUUGCCAAGCGCUUGUUGCACCUGCGUGCCCGAAGUGACGCCUUGAACUCUGAAGGCCAGAGCCCUACUAGUCUUGCUCUGUCACAUUCCCGGCAAGAAGUCGCAGAAGUGAUCCGGACUGCGCACAAACGCAAGCGGUCCAAGACCAUGAAAGGUCAGGAGCUUUGA